ACAACUUGCUUCGAUUAAAAUCUGAAACUUUGCAGGAAGCGUGCAAAAUUUUGUAGUUUUGUGAAGUGUGCCGAAGGCUGGAUCCUGCGAGGGCAAAUUCCGGAACGUUGUCCGAAAGUGAGUUUCUUGGUUAUCGAAAUUUCGGAUUGUGAAGCGCAGGCGCUCUUGCUAAACCAUGGCAUCAUCAAAUGGUUGCGUCGUCGAGGCCGUCGUGCAGGAAGAUCCGCCAGUUCGGUACGACAGCUCUGAAGAAACCAAGAACAAUGCCGCCCAACCGGCCGCGGCCGCUCCGAAGCAGGACAAAUCGGUAAAAGCGAACAAACGCAUCACCGGAACCGUCAAGUGGUUCAACGUAAAAGACGGCUUCGGGUUCAUCACCCGGCACGACACCGGCGAAGACCUGUUCGUCCACCAGAGCUGCAUUCUACGGCCCAACUCGCGCCACAGUGUCCGCUCGGUCGGCGAGGGUGAAGUGGUUGAGUUCGGGGUGAUCGCUACCAAGGUGACCGGACCGGGCUUCCAGCGCGUCAAAGGCAGUGCGUUCGUGCGACCCAAAAGCGGACCUGGUGGCGGUGGUAGCCGUGGACGACCCAAGUCGGGAUCGAGUGUGCGUUCGAAGCGCGGAGAACGGCGACCGCCGAAGAGUGCUCCGGAGACCUCCGUCACCAACAAUAACCAGUAUGUGGGGGAUGGUCCGAUCGUGAAGGAGAUGGCUCAGUUGAAGCUGGAGGAAAAGCCGGAGGAGCAAGAGGUACCGACGGAGGUCCCCGAAGAUGUCGUUGAUCCGCUUGCCCUAGAAGAGGUUCGCGUCAAGGAGGAAGCUGGUGAGGAGAAUGACGACGGCGAAGACAACGACGACGACGACGAUACGGCUUCCGUUGAUUCGACCUCGACGGUCGCUACGGCGGAGUCCGCCGACUAGAUGAUCACCAUGUCCAUCGAUCCCAGAGCUUAAGCUACCGACAAAGAAGAACUUUAAUUUUGUCAUUCUGUUUUUUAUUCUCAUCCUCCAACUUUUGAACUGUACGUUGGGCUUCGCUUAAUUUGAUCGCUUGCAGCUCUGCGGAUACCUUCGGUGCGGCCAGCUUUCCUGUACGUAUUAGAAUUUCUUGAUUAAUAAAACCACCCUCAUUUAACUACGACGCAA